CCCCUGCAGAGAAAAGCCCUGGUCAAUGCGAUCCAGAGGGAUGUCAAUGCCUCCGCGGUGCUCCAGUCCUUGCCGGGCUCUCUGGUUGGCAGCCUGGCUCUUCACACGCUCCAGCAGGCCUCCGUUGACUCAGUGGGAAUGAUCCAGGGCAAGAGCUGGAACCGGGGCCAGGCAGCUCACCUGGUAAAGAAGCUGUUUGGAGGGGGGGGAAUUCAGCCCGCAGACAUCAGGAUGCUGGGCUCUGCUCUGCAGGGCGUCACGUGUGACCAGAUCGAUUCCAUCAGUGAUCAGAGCAUGCUGGAGACAGCAGCCGCCCUGUCGGAGAACAAGGUGUGGCUCUCUCAGCACCAGCUGGCCUGCUCUGCUAAGAAGCUGUGGGCUACUCUCAAUCGAACCCGCGCCGAUUACUUUGGCAGCAUGAACAAUUCCGAGCUGCAAGUCGUCCCUCCGCUCUUCCUGCUGCACCUGACGCUCCCUCAGCUCUCCAGUCUCCCUGCUUUGGUGUGUCCCUGCUUGAUGGAGAAGUUGUUUGCAGUCGAUCUCUCUUUCCUCCCCAGGAGGUCUCCCCUGCGGCCGGCUCUCCGAGAGAAAGCCUUCGCCUGUCUGAAAAAGACGGCUCGUGGUCUGUCUGUGGACGACGUGGCUCUGCUGGGGCCCCUGAUCUGUGAACUGAGCCCCCAGAACAUGUCGGAUGUGGCCCCCGCAGUGUUCAACGCCAGCCUGGCCCUCCUCACACAGUGCAGGCAGCUUCGCAUCGAGCAGAGAGGGGCGGUGACUGCCAGGAUAGAGGAGCUGAACGGGAAACCCUCUAAUUGGUCAAUGGAGGUGGUAAUGUCACUGGGUCCCUUGCUGGCUCUGUUCAAUAGCAGCUCCCUUCGCACUGUGUCUAAAACGAUGAAGGACAUCCUGCUUGACCUGCUCUCCUCCCAGCCCCCCCCUCCCCUCACCCCCGCCCCUGUGGAUUUUGAUAUCUGCCUGAACCUGUCCAGCGUCCGGGAGACCCUGUUCCACCUCAGCACCUCUUCCCAGCGGCUCCGCAGGGCAGUUUCCUGUCCAGUGUCCCCCACCCUGCAGGAGAUUCUGGACCUGGGAGACGCUAAUGUCUACUGGUCACCCGACCAACUGUCCUGCAUGUCCAACAAGACCUUUGUGGAUGGCCUGUCCACUCUCGCGGCGGUCAACGGCUUCACUGACCAGCAACUCGCGGCUCUCAAGGGUCAAGCCAUCCAGGCUUGGGGACCCCCCUCAGGGUACAGCGCAGAGCAGACCCUGGCGUUGGGGUGCCUGCUGCCCGCGUUCAACUCCUCUGAGCUGGGCCUGGUCGAGGUCAGCUCUGUGGACACUCUCUCAGCUGUGGCUCCGUGCUCCGGAUGGACGCAGGAGAAGCGGGCCGCCCUGCUCCAGCGCUUCCUGCAGCUGUCCCUCCUCACCCCCUCCUCCCUCGGGGCCGUGCAGCUCGCCGGACUCGGGGGCUUCCUCUGCGGGAUGAGCGAGGCUCAGGUGUCUCAGAUCAGCGUCGAGGCAUACAGGCUCGCUGCUGCCCUAGUCGGAGCGGUCAGCUGCCCUCCCGCCAUCAUGGGGGCGCUGAAGAGCAAAGCGGUCACCAGCUUCGGAGAUGUGAAGAACUGGACAGCAUGCGAGCUGAGCGAGAUCGGGAACGUGCUGGCCGGUGCUAGUGCUAUGGAGCUGAAGUCCUUGGACCCCUCAGCCAUGCCCUUCAUCUCCCCCUCAGCCAUCCCUCUGAUCCCAGCCGACCGGCUAGCGACCCUUUCGGUCAGCCAGCUGAGAGCCUUGGGACCUGUGAACGCUGCCACGGUAACGGCUGACCAGGCUGCAGUGCUGAGCCAGGCCCAGAGGGAGGCGCUCUCUGACGCGAUGGGGGUUGCCGUGGAGAGAGUCGCCGCCCCCGUCGUCGUCAAGGAGCCCGGAACAGCUGCUCCAGUGAAAGGAGGCUCUGAUCCACUGGGGAUACUGGGAGUGCUGGUCCUGACGCUGCCCCUCCUUCUUCUCACCUUGGCACCAUAAUCACAUCGUUUCAAAUGUUCAGUUCAACUUGCAAUUUAAAAGACAAUGUGUCUUUUGAGGCAACUUUCAAUUUUGUAAUCUCUUCUCUCAGUUGAUAUGUCUGGUCGACUCUGUCUCUCUUCUCUCAGUUGAUAUGUCUGGUCGACUCUGUUUCUCUUCUCUCAGUUGAUAUGUCUGGUCGACUCUGUCUCUCUUCUCUCAGUUGAUAUGUCUGGUCGACUCUGUCUCUCUUCUCUCAGUUGAUAUGUCUGGUCGACUCUAUCUCUCUUCUCUCAGUUGAUAUGUCUAGUCGACUCUAUCUCUCUUCUCUCAGUUGAUAUGUCUGGUCGACUCUGUCUCUCUUCUCUCAGUUGAUAUGUCUUGUUGACUCUGUCUCUCUUCUAUCUUGUAAGUUGUGUAACUGAUAGAAAGAAAGAGUGUGUUUCAUUUGCUGAAGCUGAUCGCUCUAUAGCGAUAUCUUUAUAUCUAUAAUCUGUAGAACUCAAUGAAUCAAUAAAUAAAUGAAUAUAUAGA